UAUCGAUGGCAGUCAAGUUUGGAUAGGAAAGAUGAUUAAGUCUACUUUUAUAUUUAGUUUGUGACUAUAUAUAAACAGUAUGAUUGAUAUAAAUAAUUUAUAUUUUAAUAUAAAGUCAAAAUAAAAAAUUUACUUUAUAAAUUGAUUAUAUAAUUUUAAGUGAAAAUGCCGAAAGUCGUUUCAAGAAGUAUAAUAUGUUCCGAUACAAAAGAUCAAGAAGAAUAUAGUGAAGAAAAACCAUUACAUAUUUAUUAUUGUUUAUGUGGACAGAUGACAUUGAUUUUAGAUUGUGCUAUAGAAAAAUUACCUUUAAGAAAAAGAGAUGGUGCACGAGUUAUUGAUGGUAGUAAACAUGCUCAUAAAAUGACUUGUGAGCAAGAUGAAGUCGUGUAUUUGAAACGUCAUGAAGGAAUAGAAAAACAAUGUCGUCAAAAAUGUAAAAA